UGAUCAAUUAUGUCGUUCUACUUCAAAAACGUUGUUUUGAAGGUCUGCACUCCGCGCUAUAUUUGCAUUGAUUUCCAUUGCUUUCAUAUUUUCGUUAUGUUUUGAAGAUUGGUUUCUUUUCGUGUUUUGAAUGUGAGGUUUUAGGGUUUGUUUCAUGACAUUGCCCUUAAUAAACUAAAAUUUACUCUGGGUUAUUCUAUGUUCGACAUUGAUUGUCAACAUGCUUCUGUAAAGAAGAAACCUACUCUGUCCAAAAAUAGCUCUUUAAAUUCGCGUCGCACAAGAGAAAGUUAUAGUUGUGAACAGCAAGUGUAAUGAAAUUUGGGAGAAGCAGAAUUGCAGUAAUUAUCUCUGCCACAAUGAAGCAGUCAAAGUUAUCCAAUACAUGUACAUAGCUAACUUGUGGUAAAUAUAUUCUUCAAUUUCUCUGGGCAUGCUGACUGCCUCUUUGGUACCAACUUCUAACGUCCCUUUAAUUAGUGAAAACGGACAUCUACGUUCACGAUCAACGUCUCAGCAUUUUCAAGGAGAUCGUACUAGAAGUGGUUGUCGACAACCUGGAAUAUCGACUCCAAGUGUAGAUACGUUAUCCGACUCAUUAAGUCUUGCAACAACCGCGACUGAGGGAACAAUUGGAGAAGUCUGGGAACGAAAACAAUACCCCGACAUGCCCUUAGGAUGUGCUAUAAUAAAAAAUCAGCCACCUUCCUUUUUAAAUCUCUCUAACCGUGUUCAAGAACAGUCUUCAGAAAAAGACCUGUAUGAGUUUUUAAAAGACGCUGAAUUAGAACAUUACUACACUGUUCUCACACGUCAUUUAAAGAUUCGAUCAGUUCAACAAAUCAAAUAUGUUGAAGACUCUGAUCUUGCAGAAAUGGGGUUUAGUCGACCAGAACAAAGACGCUUACGUAAGCAUUUCAAGCGUGAGUGCCCACAAACAGCAAUGGGAAAACUACGAAAGCGAUUGGCUCGUUCAACUAGUGGUCGAUGCUCUUCACCACGAUUUAAAGAUACAUUGGAUGGAUUAUCAUCGCGUAAUGUAAAUGUUCUAUCAAUUUCACUUGACAGUACACCAACAUCUGAAGAUGGUGAUUCAAAAAGACGUACUCUAUUGUUUACACAAGGUUCUAAGUCUGAGGAUCUUAAUAAGUGUUUAACAGAUGAUUUAAGCAGUUUAACUAUCGAUGGAGGUACUAACUAUCGAAUUAUUCGAUCAAGUGAACUUGAAAUAGGCAGUAGUCUUGGAGAAGGAGAGUUUGGAAAGGUUUUUCAGGGUGUAUGGCAUACAGAUGCAAGACGUGUUGUCCAAGUUGCUAUCAAGAUAAUGGAUAUUAAACAGAUCGGUGAUGAGACAUGCGAUUUCUUGAAUGAAAUUGCCACAAUGCAUCGAUUAAAUCAUCCAGAUAUUGUACGUCUCCUUGGAGUAUGUAUUGAAGUGAAUACAAUUAAGAUUGUUACUGAACUUGCACCACUUCGAUCUUUACUGGAAUGUCUUCGUGAAACAGAGUUGAGAUCAAGUUUCUCCGUGCCUGUAUUACAUAAAUUUUCAAUACAAAUUGCACGUGGAAUGAGUUAUUUAGAAGAGUGUGGUCUUGUACAUCGUGAUCUAGCUGCUAGAAAUAUUCUAGUAUUUUCUAAAGAUUCUGUGAAAAUCAGUGAUUUCGGCAUGAGUCGUGCUCUUCAACUUGGCAAAUCGUAUUAUCAAUCAAAUUUCAAUGUCAACCUUAAACUGCCUAUCGCCUGGUGUGCACCAGAGUGUAUACAUGAUUUACUAUUCACAACAGCUUCAGAUAUGUGGGCGUAUGGGAUUACACUAUGGGAGAUAUUCACCUAUGGAUUUACACCAUGGGCUGGUCUUACUGGACGACAGAUAUUAGAGAUGAUUGAUGCUCCGAAAUUUGGUCGAUUAGAUCAGCCAGAUACAUGUCCAGAUCCAAUUUAUGAUGCUGUAAUGAGAGCAUGUUGGGCGCAUGAACCAAAAGCUAGACCAACUUUUAAUCAACUAUUAGGUAUGCUUCCACGUCUUAGUCCUGAAGUUUGGAUAACUACAAAUGAAUAUCAUCCAGAUUCAGAUCCUAAUAUGGAUACAAUUAGUACAACUGAAGAAUUUCCUUAUAAUCCUGGAUUUCGUCCGCAUGGAACACGAUCACUAGGUCGGCCAUUGUUUAUUCGAGCAAAUGAAACAGUUUGUGUACUCGGUAAACGAAGUAGUACAACAUGGAAAGUAGUCAAUUUACGUACUGGUCUUGUUGGUUGUAUUCCAUCGAGUAUUUUAAAACCGUAUACAGGCGAAAAAGAUUCAUCAUUUCGUGAUCAAACAUCAGCUACAAAUAACAACAAUAAUAAUAAUAAUACUUCUGGAAAUUCAAACACCCUGGGACUAGUAGCCAAAACUCGUCUGCGCAUGAGUAGAAGAGCUUCACUAACUGACUUGGCUAUACGUAAAACAGUAUCUCGAUUCAGUAAACUCAGUGUUAUCAUUCCUUCUGAUGGAAUGAAUAAUAAUAAUAAUAAUGCCUCACGUUCACGUGGAAAAAUUACAGCCGAUCAAAUCAGUCUACCACAGAAUGAUUUUCGGCAUAUUGGUCAUGUUGGUUCAGAUGGUCGGACAUUUGGUGAACUUGGUCUAGUAGGCAAAAUAAUCGACUCAAAAGAUGACCUGUCUGAUACUCAAUCAUUUUAUGAUUUGGAUGUUUCUGAAGAGAAAUUCAAAGGCAAUUCAAAGUCUAGCAACAAAGCAAGUACUUUACAGAUUAAUCCUGCUUAUAAUAAUAAAAACCAUCCAGAGGUGAUUAAAACAAUUCCAUUGGAGACAGAAUCAUUAUCAGUAAAAGAUUUGAGCAGUCUACAACAGCAACAACACAAAGCACAAUUACAACCACAGAAUCAAGGUCAAAAGGUUAAGACACUUGAAUCACCAAAAAAGCUGUUCACAACAAAUAAAAAUUACUUCACAAAAUCAUCACAAAUUGGAAAAGGCUCACAUAAUAAUAUUCAGUUACAACAACAACAACAACAACAGCAGCAGCAGCAAGAAAAAGAGAAACCUCAGACUACUGAUGACAACGACGAAACGGAUAAAUUGUUUGAAGAUAUUAAAUUUGAUAUAAUUUCAGAGUCAAAUGGAUUUGAUUUAGGCUCUUCUUUACUGGAUGAAGUAUUCAAAUGUUUCCAAAUGGAUAAGCCUACUGAGAAAGUGAAUAACAAUGAAACUGAUGAGAAUAACAAAAGUGAAUUGAUCAGCACAACGAAAGAGAUCGGUAGAGAGCAUUCAAGUAAUCCCAUUCAACAAUUAGAUUCUUUGAAUUGUCUUGGUAACAGCUAUUAUGGUGAUGAGGGGGGAAAUAGUAAUAUUAAUAAUAAUGUUAAUGAGACAAGCGAUUUCAGUAGCACUUUGAAUAAUAAUUCUACAAAGUUGAAGUCGCCGGUUGCACCAUUGAAGAAUAUCAAAUCUGAUCUAGUUGAAAGUAGAAGACUAGUGUCGAAAGGGUAUAACACUGCAAAGCCGCUAUUGCAUACUACCACUUCACCUUCACCGUCUUCUAAUUCAAUAACAAGAAAAAUUUUAACUAACGGUAGUUUAACACAUCAUAACAAUCAUCACCAUCAUGGCGUACACGCAACCAGUAAUAUGAGCAACAAUAAUAAAAAUGACAAUACCAGCAAUAACACUGCUAACAACAUAAUUACUCCAUUUGUUUCUAGUCCAUCGGAUUGUAUAAACUCGUUGAAUUAUGAAUCAGCAGAAAAUGAAUUGACCAAUUCAAUUAUUCAUGAUAAUUAUAUGAUGAAUGAUGUCGUCGUCGUCGGCGGUGACGACGGUGAAGCCGAUGGUGAUGGUGAUGUGAAUCAUUUAAAGAAAUUGAAAUCUGCGCAGAAAACAGAACACAAAUCUUUAUGGAAACGUAGUUCCUUUGGGAGUUUAACACGUCGUAGUUCAUCUGUGUCGAAAACACUGCAAAGAAAUAAUUUCAAUGGAUUCAAUCAAUCAGAUCAUGAUGAGAAUAAACGAUUGGUAAUAAGCAGACCAGUGCUGUUAAGUCGACCGAAUUCAAUUACUCAAACAUCUCUAAACAAGUUACCGUCAAAUUCUUCUUCAUCUUCAAUUAUUGGUGGGUUAACCGAACCAAGCAGUUUAGGCAGUUCAACAAGUCGUGGAAGCUCACUAACUGUUGUCUCUUCUUCCAAUGGUUGCAGUGGUGGUGGUGGUGGGGGUGGUGUUGGUGGAUGUGAUAGUAGUAAUGGGGGAUACGCUUCAUCGGUGAAUAACGUCCAAGAAGAAUUAUUAGCACAUUCAUUGAAUACAGAUUUUGAUCAAGGCCAACAGCAACAUCAGCAGCAGCAACAACAACAACCACUAUCGUCAGCAUCAUCGUGUUAUUAUGAAGUAUCAACGAAUGCAUCACUUUCACCAGCGCCUAGUUUAUCAUCAAUGACAUCAGUUUCUGGUGGUCUACCGCAUUCAUUAACAUCUAGCAUUAUAAGUACAACAACGCAUACAAAUAAUGCUAGUACAACUGCGAAUACAACCUAUUUACUGCCUAAUUCUAGUAUUACAUCAACUGCCCAAGGUUGUCUACGAGCUUUACGAUCCGGUGAUACAGUAUUUCGUGCAUCAACAAAUAUUUCAAGUGGAACUUUAAACUCACGCAGAAAAAUAAGCACAUUGUCUAGAACAAGUGUCACAAUGAUGACAGAUGAAAGAUCCAGUAAUUCAAGAAUCCAAAACUUAUCUCCAUCUGCAACUUUGGUUAACUUGUCAGCUAAAAAUGUAUGUGACACUGGUGUGUUGUCUUCGUCACCACCGUCAUCCUCAUCAUCAAGUCUACUAAGGAAUAAAUCAAAGUUGCUGUUCAAUCGUGAUAUCUACCAGCCAUCAAGUCAGAUGAGUCCAAGUCAUUCUGUGUUUUCUGCUGUUACUAAUCCCCUACAGCAUAAAGAUUUAAUGCGUACACAUGGAUCACAUCUAUCGUCAUCAUCUUCGUCUUCGAUAUCAUCGCCUACUACUACUGGUCCUUUCGCUUAUGAUUCAAAUGGACAGUAUUCACAGAAAAACAAUAAUCAAACAAAGUCGAAUCACACUACACUGUCACAACCGUCAGCUGCACCUCAAUCACCACUAACAACUAGGACAACAUCAACAAAAGAUGGUGAAAACAGUGAUAACAGGUCUAGCAUGGAUUUAGACUGUGUUGUGGCAUCAUUUCUAGGCAAAGAUUUUGCUGAUUUCCUGAAUAAAGACAUCAAUAUAUCUGAGUCUUCAUCGUCAUCUUCAUCGUCAACAUCUUCCAAAGCGCAAAUGAGUAAAACUCGAAUUGGAUUGGAUGCUCAAACAAAUUUAUACAGAUCACCUUUCAAAUCAAGCCUAUCUAGGCUACCGCGAGGUGGUAGUCAACGUGAUAAUAAUAAUAAUGGGGAUAAUGGAGAAGAUGUACUUGCUAUUUAAUAAUAAUAAUAAUAAUAACACGUCCACACACACACACAAGCGUUCAAAGUCAAACCCAUAAAUAUUAAUUUCAUAUGAAUAUCACUUAUGAAGAAAAAAAGUUGUAAUGAUGAUAUUUUUCUUCAGUUGCAUUUCACACAAACAUUUCCCAUCUUCUACUAAUUCCUUUCGUUUCGCUUCGAUAGACAAUUGUUCCCUGUGUUUUUUUCGUUACCAUUAUUACUGUUAUUAUUCAUAAAUGUGAGGACAAUUCACUGUCGCGGUUGUCGUUUAUUGUUGCUAUUACUUUUCUGGUUGUUUCAUGUUUCUGUGUUUUAAUAACCAUAUCUCACCUUCCACAAAAAUUCACUGAUCAUCUGUCUGUCUAUCUGUGCGUCGAGCUAUUCACAUACAAUUAUUUCUCUAUAUAUUUAUCCAUUUUAAAGAUAUCCAUAUUACAACAGUGCUUAUUUAUUAUCUACAUCAAUUGAAUUCAGUAUCUAUCUAUCUCUAAGGCAUUGAGUUCAGCCUCAUGUGUUUUUCUUCCCUAUUAAUGGUCUAUCUUUCUAUAUUUCCCUGCCUAAUGUGCAUUCUACAAAAGAUACUGACAUGUCAGCAUACUCUAAAUUUCUUAGUCUCUCAUCCUCCGACAUCUGCUCCGAUCGACAGUGGUGGUAAUACAAUUGUGUUACUGAGUAAAUGUACACUUAUCGUCUUAAUGUGAGUAUGUGUGUGUGUGUGUAUACGUGUAUGCGCAUAUAAUUCCGUUGAUUGUUACUUACUGCCUUCAUAACCCACUCAAACUUCUACUUCACUCCACCCCCGGUGGCUUUGUAUAAUGAAUCUUAUCUAUACAGAAGCUUUGUGUGUGUGUGUGUGUGUGUGUAUUUAUGUGUGAAUGGUACAUACAAUAACACAUUUCAUGAAAUAUACAUAAUAUUAUACAAAAUACAAGAUACUAAUCAAAUGUUCUUCUCUAGUCUAUCUAUAUUAUAGCCCUUUUUUCGUCUUCACUAGGCAUAUAUACGCCUAACUAACCUUCAUGAUUAGUAAUACUACUACACUUACUACUUAACUAAUUCUUUUCUUAUCUAUGAUACUACUACUACCACUACUACUAACGAUACCACUUAUAUAUGACUUUUUUCUAUCUGUGUGACCAAAUAGGAAGUAUUUGUUUUUAAAUAUCAUUUCUAGUGUGUUCUUUGACGCCUUUUUCGAAAUUUGGUGAAAAGGUGCCCCUUUGGUGUGUGACAAAUGCAGGGAGAGAGAAAGAGGGAGUCACCCACGAAGGUUUAUAAUCGCAUCAUUAUUAUUAUCGUUAUUAUUUAUAUUUAUUACAUUCAUCCUUUCCUUUAUAUCCAGAAAUAUUAAAAAGUUUUUAUAGGUAUACCUACAUAUGAAUGCCAUAUUGAUGAAAAACACCCAUACUUCUUCUGAAUACAAUGCGAUUUUUAUUGUUUAUUAUUAUUAUUUUCAUUAUUAUACUUGGGAUUAUCAUCAUCAUCAUCGUUAUGAGUGCAUUUCAUAUUUGCCUUUUCUGCCCUUUUCUCGCCUUCCUUUUUUAUUAUCCCCGUGGUUUCGACCUCCCCUCCCCCCUCCUCCCCAUACUCUAUCACUCUGUCUCUUUCUGCUUAUCCAACUUUAUAGUCAAACUCAAAACGCUUCAGGUUUUCUCUUUUUUUAUCUUGUCUGGUGUUUUAUGUAUGUAUGUUUAAAAAAUACCAAACGUAUGCUAAGCUCCUCCUCUGUCUCUGUUUCUCGCUUUCUCUCUCAUUGGCUUUUAACUCUUGACAAAUUUUUAAAAAAUACAUAAUUGGUAAAUAUGAAUAAAAAUGGUUAAUUAUGAUGUCCUAAGUGUUAUUGUUAUUAUUAUUUGCUUUUUAUAUAGCUCAAGAGUAAAUAGGCUUG